AGCAGAAGCGCCAGGAAGACUGCUUGGUGAAUGUCAUCACCACAUUAGGAAUGGCGAAUUCAAUCCAAAUUCUUCAAGAAUGGAGGAGUCGGAUCACACUCAAGCUGUUUCUGCUCCUUCUUCUUCGACUUUGGCUGUCGGGGCAUCUUCUUCGUCAUCGUCUUCCUCACCGGUGCUCGAAGAACCGCAGGGCGAGCAGCUCGAAGACGGAAAUGACCACCACCAGUUCUACCUCCCUCCGCAGGAACAGCAAAGGCAGCCAUCUAGUGUGUCUUAUCGGGUGAACAUAUCGAUAUCUGAUGUGGCGACGGGGGAGAUUCGAGAUGAUGUCUGGUCCUGUCUCGUUGUUCUUGUCACAUUUUGGUUCUUCGCAUCCAUGGCUCUGAUUCUUGGUUUUUACGGGUCUGCAAAUGUACAGCUGGGCCCAUAUUGCUCGCGCCUUGUCAAAGCUAACUCAUUCUUUGUGCAAACAAUUAAGGUACAGGAAAUAGAUGAACCAAAACCUGGGCCAAUGCUAUAUGGAUUUCAUGAACCUCCUCCCCUGGAUGUUGAAAACACUUGGUUUGAGACACAUGAUGCAUCUGUAGAGGCCAAUUUUCACAAGGAGUGGAUCUUCUUUUUGAACAAAGGGUCUGAAGUGGAUAUUUCAUACAGUGUGAAAGCCCCACGGUCCUCUCCCUUAUCCCUUGUAAUCGCCCAAGGUAGGGAGAGUCUUGUUGAAUGGAUAGAGGAUCCGUCAUAUCCUAACACCACUUUGUCUUGGAAUAUUAUUUAUGGAAGUGGUAAGGUCCAACAGGAAAUUUUCAAGUCUUCUUAUUAUUAUGUUGCAGUGGGUAACUUGAACUCUGAGGAGGUCAAGGUCCAGUUAAACUUGACAAUGAAGGCUUUCCUCUACAAUACUACCAAGGCAUAUUACAAAUGCUCCCUGGGUAAUCGUUUAUGUAGUUUGAAGCUGUUUCUGCUAAGGGCUAAUGCUGCUGUCUUAACUUCUCCAGGUCCACGACAGGGUUCAUCCAAUGAUGACUGGUUAAUCAAAAUGUCUUAUGGACCCCGGUGGAUCACUUAUUUUGUUGGAUCAGGUGCAAUGACCGUACUCAUCUUGUUGGCCUUCAGAGUCUGCAACACGUUCCAAACCAUCAUCGGGGAUGGAACGGGAUAUCAAGUAGGAACAGGAGACACAGAGCCGGAGCGAGCCCCAUUGCUCCUUCCCAAAGAUGACGAUGCCUCGAGUUGGGGUUCAUCUUAUGAUUCUAUCUCCCAUGAUGAGGAGGACCUAGAAGAGUGGCUUGCAGUGAGUUCCCUUGAAGGAAACAUAUCAAAAGAAGGAGAAAACAACGGCAAUCCUCGGCGUCUCUGUGUUAUUUGCUGUGAUGCUCCAAGAGACUGCUUUUUUCUUCCAUGUGGCCAUUGUGCUGCCUGUUUCACAUGUGGAACAAGAAUUUCAGAGGAGGCCGGUAGCUGUCCCAUUUGCCGAAAAAAGAUGAAGAAAGUGAGGAAGAUAUUCACAGUUUGAAUGGUGGGUGUAUUCUAGUUCAAUUGUGCAGACACUCCUGGAGAAGAAGAAGAAGUUGACGGUUUUUUGUGGUAUUCUCUAGUUCCAUUCUGCAAGAACUCUCCCGGUUUGGAAUAUUUUUGGUUGCAGUGUGGAUGCAAUCCCAUCACGCUUGUUCUACAAGAUGGGUGAACUAAGAUUGGAUUGGGGUUUGACGAUUUGACAAAAGCUAAUCUUCCAUGUAUCAAUCCUUUUGAUCUUUACCUCAAAUGUUUAUAAACUAAAGUUGUUAUUACAGUGAACAAAGGUCUCAUUGGGGGUCAUGGCCAUGACGGCGAUUUUGUCAGCUGUCUUUGUAACGAUUGUGUUUGGAGUCACAUUUGAUUACUGGUUGUUCUUGAUGUA